UCUCUGUAAAGCUGCUUUGUGACAAAGCUCCUUUGUUAAAAUCGCUAUUCAAAUAAAAAUUGAAUUGAAUUGAAUUGAAAAUUGAUGACAGAUUUUAAAAGCACUUUCUUGCUGUAACGGAGCCAUUUGCAUUUUUGGAGUAGUCAACUUUCUCAUGGGAAUGACUGAGCUUUGCAGCGUCAUAACAUGAAAAUGUGUAUCUGUUACCUCACACUGAUAUUCUAACUAGCCGUAUGGCGAUAAACCUUUUCUGUUCAUGUGGAGAAGAGACUAUAAAUAAAUAAAUAAAUAAGGAUGCAUGAAGCUUAUGGAAAUUCCAGAGCAGCUGAAGCCAUAGGCCUUUGUAAAAUUUUACAUUGACAAGAGAAAUUGUAUUCCAUUCAUUUAAGAUAAACUGACUAUAGUCGGUCUAAACUGUGUUUUUCUCAGAAACAGAAUCGUGGUGGGACAAGUACCUGACGCUGGAACAUGGCACCACUUUUGCUGCCGGAGCAGGCCUCUCUGCAAUCGUUUGCUCCGCCUGUUGCUGUGUGAUUGGAUUGUGCUCACGGUACAGUAUGAAUGGAGCAGUAGUAGUUCGUUUCAGUUCACAGAGCACAGAGUGACCAAAGGCAUCAUUUCAAAUGUUACGUUACGGUAGGAAUGUCAAAAUGUUUUUUUCGGACCGAAGAGCCGUUUUUUAACAGACCAUGUGUUUCGCCAUAGACGGAAACGACGAGAACGGAGAGACGAAGAUAAGGAGUACCCUGGAGCUGCCCUGACCAUGGUGGCAAGCGUCGACCGACAGCGGAGCGGCUCAGCGGGAUUGGCCGAGGACGAGCAGGCGCCGCUGCGCGCCGGCGGAGAGCAGGGGGAGGGCGGGGCGGCGGGCGGGGCGAACGCAGACGUGGACUACGCCACCAUCGACGUCUCCCAGCUGAAGAAGAGAGAGGCGGCGGACGAGCCGGGGCCCGGCGCCGACACGGACUACGCGGAGAUCCGGAAGGAGAGGAAGGGGGGCGGAGACCGCGGAGAGGGAGAGGGAGAGGGGGAGGGGGGCGAAGAGGCGGCGGCGGCAGCGGCGGGAGAGGAGGGGGCCGCUGAAAAUUUGGGGGCUGUGCAGCAGGAGUGCGCUGACGCUGGGGAGCAAGGCUGAAGAUCAGAGAGGGCUCCUGUUCACAGAUGGAUAACGGCGUGAACUUCGGUCUAAACCCACAUGAGAAUAAUGUUCAGUUUUAAAGGGGCAGUUCACCCGAAAAUGAAAGAAAGCUACGUUUCAUCUUACCAGGACUGCUAUCUAUCCAUCCAGAUAGUUUUUCUGAGAUUUUAUGUGAUGUGUUAAACUUUCUCUCUCUUCCCCACUUAUUCAAAGCACUGUGCUUAUUAUGCAUUUAUGAUGAAGAAAGUUUAUUUUUCAAAGUUUUUCUGACCCAAGUUAAUUGUACUUUUUGGACUGAAAGGACCUUUUACUGUCUUGCAAAGAAAACUGGGGGAGAACAUGUCUUAAACACAACUGCAUUCCUUUUGCAGUCUUUUUGAAGUUAUAUAAUAUAAGGGUAUAUAAAAUAAGGGCAGGACUAAAUGAGGUAUGUGUUUUUUUAUUUUAUUUUUGCUGUAAAAUUAAGGAAAGAACAAACAAAAAUAGACUUCUGUUCCAUAGCAAUUUGAAUUAUGUACAGUAAAAAGUGUUACUCUAACAGGAUUUAUGUUGUCAAAAAGGGAUAAAAUGUAUUUGCUGGUUUGGCAUUGAACAUUUGUUUAACUGUACAGGUGUGGAUUUACUGUUAAAAAAUAAUCAAAUUCUGAUUAACUGUCUAGGUUCAUAUUAGAAGGUUUCUUUAAAGUAAAAAAAAAUGUUUUUAGUUUAAUCGAUGACCGUUAUUGUGCUCACGUAUUCAAUUAGUUUUUUUACGAUUGCUUUGACUCAUUUUGCACCAGAGUUUCAAUGUGCAAAACUCUUAACACAGAGUGCUGUACUGUUCAUUUUGGGUUCAAAAUGUAAUAUAGCAUGCAAAAUAAAAAUACCAGUGUCAGUGUACUU